UAGUUUUUAACAAAUGUUAUAUUGACUUGAAAUAACUUUGGGAUGUAAGUAAACUAAAUGUUGUGCUUGAUGUGUUAUUUUCACACUCUAACAAUUAUUAAUGUAAAGUUUAGACUAGUUUACCAUCACAAAUUUCUGACAAAAUGUAACAUAUUGCAGUAGUUUGUCCUGUGAAUGUGUUAUAAUUGCUUGAUAAACCAAAAGGGGAUCAUGAUAAACUCUACACAGGUUUCAUAUAUCACACUUGGUGCCUACUUUGACAGUGGUCCUAUAAAAUAUUUGUUUUUCAUGAUUCUUAUAUCUUUAUAUACUUUUAUCAUCAGUGCCAAUGUUUUGCUCAUUGUGAUUAUCUGCAUGAACAGAAGCUUACAUGAACCUAUGUACCUUUUUCUGUGCAGCCUGUUUGUAAAUGAGCUGUAUGGUAGUACAGGGUUGUUUCCUUUCCUUCUGGUUCAGAUUCUCUCUGAUGUUCACACUGUUUCUGCUCCCUUUUGUUUCCUGCAGAUUUUCUGCUUGUAUACAUAUGCUAGUGUGGAAUUUUUCAACUUAGCCAUCAUGUCUUAUGACAGAUACCUUGCUGUUUGUUAUCCUCUACAAUAUAACACACGCAUGACAUUUAACAAGGUCGCCACGCUUAUUGCUCUAACAUGGUUAUACCCUUCGCUUGUAGUUGUUGUCAUGACAUCUUUGAGUGCCUCUUUACAGCUGUGUGGGAACGUCAUUCACAAAGUUUACUGUGACAACUACUCUGUCGUCAAACUGGCAUGUUAUGACACCAGCGUGAAUAACAUUUAUGGAUUUAUUGCCACUUGCUUUCUAGUCUUUGGUCCUGUAAUUUUAAUCCUUUACACUUACAUUAAGAUUCUUAAAGUUUGUUUUUCUGGUUCCAGACAGACGAGACAAAAAGCUGUCAGUACCUGCACACCUCACCUUGCUUCCCUGCUCAACUUUUCUUUUGGUGCUAGCUUUGAGAUAUUACAGAGCAGAUUUAAUAUGAACAGUGUACCUAAUAUGUUGCGAAUUUUUCUAUCAUUAUACUGGCUUACAUGCCAGCCGCUCUUUAACCCUGUAAUGUAUGGACUGAAAAUAUCUAAAAUCCGUACCGUAUGUAGGAGUUUGUUUUGUUGGAAAGCGUUGAGCAUCCAAAAGAUUUGUGUAGCUUGACUAACAAUAAAAACAAUAAAUGUAUGCUUCUGGAUCCAUUGUACUUUUGUCAGCUGUGGCAUUGUAUAUUCCACUAAACAGCGAUAAGCGAGCUACCAUCCAAGCAAUUUGGGGGUCAGUGUGUUGGUCUUGCCCAAGGACACUUGUGGACAGGAGAAUUUGGGGAUUGAACCCUGUGAUCAGUGGACGACCUGAGCUUCAGCUGCCCCACUGAUACAGAAGAUUGCUUCCCUUUGUUUCUUCUCACUUGCUGAAUUGUGUCCCAUCAAACACAACUCCUUUGGAAUCCAGUUUGAUGUUAAAGGAACAGAAUGAUAUUGGAUUAUCUACAGUAGCGUUGGUUUAAUUUAAAUUGUAUUUUUGGAUUAUAACCCCAUUGUUUUGUUUAAUAGUUUUAUGGACGGUUGCAACUUUCUGUUGAUCUACAUUGAUUUCCAUUUUAUAUCCUCAGCUGUUUUGGGGGUCUUUCUCUGAAUGUCCUCUCAUAAGGUUUCUUCUCUUUUCUCUCAUAUGUGCUUUUUGGAGAGCUUGGGCUCAGUCAGGAACUGAUGUUGUGGGCCUGUAAAGCCCAUUGAAAGAUAUCUGCACAUACAAAUAAACUUGAUUCAUGUUA